AUGGCCCAAGGACGAAUUCUGGUGAUUGCCGGGUCGGAUAGCUCUGGCGGGGCUGGGCUCGAGGCCGACCAGAAAGUCAUUGCAGCCCAUGGAUGUUAUGCUAUGACUGCCACGGCCGCUCUCACUGCUCAGAAUACCACAGGCGUCUUUGGUAUUCAAGCAACGCCUUCGGAUUUUGUGCGCAAGCAAAUUGAUGCUUGUCUCGAUGAUAUUCCAGUCGAUGUCGUGAAAAUAGGAAUGCUGGCUUCUGCCGAAACGGUUCUGGUUGUAGCUGAUGCUCUCCGUCGGCAUAAAGUUAAGAAAACCGUCAUUGAUCCUGUAAUGGUGUCGACCAGUGGCUCUCACCUCCUGCCUGAGGACGCCAUUAAAAUAAUGAGAGAACAGCUGCUACCUUUGGCUACAAUUCUUACACCAAAUGUACCAGAAGCAAUGCUUCUGCUCAGUGAUGCCGGGAUACAUGCUGAGGCCCCUACGUCUGUGGAUGACCUGGUGAAUAUAGCCAAGACCGUUCAAUCUCUCGGUCCUGAGUUUGUCCUCCUUAAAGGCGGCCAUUUACCGCUUCAGAGCAAUGGUGUCAUGGCUUCGAUCGAAUCAGAGAAAGAAAUGGUAGUUGAUGUGUUGUAUGGGGCCGGUGCAUUCAUUCGGAUCGACAGUGUUUAUCAGGAGUCAAAAAAUACCCACGGCACUGGCUGCUCUUUGGCCUCGGCAAUUGCCUCGAAUAUUGCAAAUGGUUUCGAUAUCAACAGGGCUGUAAAAGCUGCCUGCAGGUAUGUGGAGGCGGGUAUCAGGACUGCGAGAGAUAUUGGAGCUGGAAAUGGCCCUAUAAACCAUUUUCACUCAGUUUACGCCUUGCCCUUUGCACCGGGCCGGUUUAUCGAGUACCUUCUUGACAGGCCCGACGUAAAGGUGGCAUGGCAAAAGCAUACGGAACAUCGCUUUUUGGAGCGUCUUGCUGACGGCACACUUCCUGUGGAAUUAUUUAAGAAUUAUUUAAUUCAAGACUAUCUAUACCUAGUUCAAUAUGCCAGAGCAACCGCCCUGGCUGGCUAUAAAGCUAAAACAUUGGAUGAAAUCGCCGCGUCGGCCACGGUGGUUACUCAUAUUAUCCAUGAGAUGAAUCUGCAUGUCGAGUACUGCGAGGCAUUUGGUGUCUCCAAAGAGCAAAUACUUGCCACCGAAGAAGAUGAAGCUUGUACUGCAUAUACAAGAUAUGUUCUCGAUGUUGGCCAUUCGGAAGACUGGUUCGCACUUCAGAUUGCAAUGGCACCAUGCUUAAUCGGCUAUGGUGUUAUUGCUCGGAGGCUCUACGAUGACCCAUUGACGAAGCGCGAAGGCAACAUUUACUGGAAAUGGAUAGAGAAUUACGUGGCUGAUGAUUUCGCUGAAGCUGUUAAAGUUGGGUCAGAUACUAUUGAGAAGCACGCACUUCUACUGUCUCCCAGCCGGCUGGAGGAGCUGGUCAAGAUAUUCAUCCAUGCAACUAAUGUAAGCUUUCCUCUGUCUCCAGAACCUAUGAACGAUGUCACUGAUUAUCUGAAGAUGGAAACCGGUUUCUGGAAUAUGGGAGAAGGACAGAAAUAA